AUGUCGCAAUAGGUAUAGGUUGAAGCUUAAGCAUAGAAUUCAAGCAUUAAAUUCAAUUUAACAAAAGAGUUUUUUGACUUAGAAAAGAAGAAAACUGAAAUAGAGGAUGAAAUUUCUUCGCUGAGGAGAAAAAUUAAUAAGGCUAUAACAUACUAAAAUUUAGAAGACAAAAAAUUAUUUCAAGACUAAAAAUCCUAAAAGGAGAAUGAAGCUAAUUAAGUAGACAAUGAUUUAGAAAGUUAUAUUAAAAAAUUGUUAAAUGAGCUUAAAAAUAGUAAAAAUAAAUGGCUACUAUAAUGCUACAAGGAUAAGAUAUCUUCAUUUUCAAAAGAUAUUUUUAUCAAUGCUUCAAAAGAAUUAGAACUUCAGUACAAAGAUAAUACAAAAGAUAUCAUCAUUGCCCGUCCUGAAUCCCAUGGAAAAACUAUUGCUGAAUUGAUUGAAAUUUCUAGAAAUGAGAGCAAAACUUCAAAUUAGCCAAAUAAUUAAUAAGAAUUAAAUCUUUUGGCAUAAAAUUAAAAUUCACAAUAAAUACAAAUAGCACCUAAUAAUGAAAAUCCUGAAGCUGUUGAUUCUUAGAAAAACUAACAAAAGAACAAAAGCUCAUCCUAAAAAGUUUAAGAAAGUAGUAACAAAAGUAAUAACACUAAAGCUAAAAAUACAGAUAGCAAUAAAUCUAGUAGUAACACUAAUAAUAAAAAAAAUAAAAACAAAGUAGCAGCAAAUAAGUAAGAAGAAGAAGAAGAUUUAGCUGAUAUCAUAAAGAAAUAAUUUGAAACUAAAGAAAUUAAGAAAGAUAAAAAAGAAAUACUAUAAGAAGUAGAAGAAGAGCAAAAAGAUAUGACAAAAGAAGAAAUUAUGUAGUCUCUAUACCUCCCUGCAGAAAGUGUAAAAGGGUAUGAAAUUAUAAAAAUGUCUAAUAAUUAUGUCUUAGAAUUAAAAGUUCAUGAGCCAGAUUAGAAUAGUUUUCCAAUAUAAACUUACAAGGUUUACUUAAUUAAAGAGAAAAAGAAAAAUACUGAUAUUGAAAUUUCAGAUGAGCAACUUAAAAAUAAAAUUUGUUUAGGAGAAAUCUAUUAAACUAUUGAAAAGCAAUUUUUAUGCUCCUCUAAAUCGAGUACUAUUGAGAUAGACUUAAAACAAGUAUGUUAGUCAUACAUUUUAGGAUUUGACGAAGAAACAUCUUACUUUUAAAUUGCUAUAACUGCUUUGUCUUGGAAGAAUGAAUCACCAGAUGACUAUUUAGAAAGCUAAAUAACCCACAUUUUCAGAUUAAAUAUGCCAAAAAUCAUUUAGAAGAAAACACGUUUGCUACUGACUGGCUCUUGUGAGCUUAUUUACACUGACUAUUUUUCUGAUUGUGAUUUAUUCUAAUCUAAUUAUAGUUAAAGUUAGCAAGCUCUUAAAAAAUUCCUUUCUCCUGAUAGCGAAUUGUUUAAAUAAAUUGAAAUCUAAUCAAUUGAUUUUGGUAAAUCUGCAUUGAUCCUUUUAAAAAAUGGAUAAGUCAUUUAAUGGGGCAACAUUUUAUGUUUCAAUGAAGGAAUAAGCGAAUGCAAUAUUGAUAAACUCAAAGAAGAAACAAGUAAGGAGUUAAUUAAUUAACCAUUUAUGCCUGUUUAGCAUCCUCUAGUGUUCACAAAAAUAGCUCAAGGGAAAUCUCAUUACGUAGGAGUCACUAUAGAUGGCAAAGUUUACUCAUGGGGAAAAAAUAAAUAUGGUUAACUUGGUCACUAAAAUUACAUAUCAUAUGUAGAACCAAAGAGAAUUGACCAUUUGCAUUCUGACAAAAUAUUUAUUGUAAAUGUGCAAUGUGGUGAUAACUUUACUGUUUGUCAAAGUUGUGAUGGAACCAUCUACACAUUUGGCUAAAAGUAAGCCUUACAAGGUGAACCUAUCAAAGACCUAUAUAAUAACACUAUUAAUAUGUGCAACUUAGGAGUAAAUUAACUUAUUCCAAGGAAAAUAGAUUUUGAUGAAAAAAUUAUUUCAUUCUCGUGUGGAAAGGACCAUUGUUUAUUUAUUACAGAAAAGAAUACCUGUUACGGAUGGGGUGAUAACUAUGGGUCUAAAAUAUGUUCAAGUACAUAUUAUAAAGAGGUUCGUAACUUUGCUAAUCCCAUUCCUGUUAUUCCAAAUAAUAGUUCAAAUUAUUCUUUUAAGAAAAUCUUCUGCUCAGAUACUUAAAAUUGUGCAAUCAUGCAGAAUAAAACUUCAGGAGAGUAGAUUUUAAUAAAAUGGGGUGGGAAUACUACUUUACCCUUUGAUGUUCAAGCCUGUAAAAUUAAUUUAAGCCUACCUAAAGAUCAAAACGAAGAACUAAGCAGCCUAACUUAAAAACCUUAAUUAGUUACCAAAUUUGAUAAAUUUUACACAAACACUUAUUCAAGUCUAUUAAUUUAAAACAAUAAUAAUAAUAUAAAAUUGUAUGUAAAUGGGUAAAAUAUAUUUUACAGUCUAGGUGUAAGAGAUAAAGAAAUUAAAAAUUUCCAAAUGGCAGCCAUUUCUCCUUGUGAGGAUAUAUUGUAAGCCUCUAUAGGGUGUAAUCACACUACUGCUUUAUUAGUUGUAUGA